AUGACACGGCCUUUACUCCUUUUGUCUGAAAUUAAUGCUCAAUCUGAAUAUCUUUCACAAAAUGUUCUUAAUGUAACAUCAAAAUAUAAAGAUAAAUUAAAUAUAAUUAAAGUUCGUUGUGAUACAAAUGAUGUUGAUAUUUAUUAUACAUUAGAUGGUUCAAAACCAGAUGCAUUUAUAACAUUAGCAACACGACGUUCGACUAUACAAUAUAAAAAAAAACCAUUUUAUAUACCAAGAGAUAUAGCUAAUACAGGCAAAGUAACAAUUAAAGCUAUAGCUGUAUCACGUGAUGGAAUUCGAGAAAGUGUUAUACUAACAAAAAUAUUUGAUGUUAAAAUUAUUCCAUCAGAUCAUUCAUUAUCGGAUGAAUAUGAAAAUCGAUACUUAUAUGAAUUACAACAAGAACGAAACGAAUUAAUGAGAAAGAUGCAAAAUGAAAAUAAACAAAUGCAACAAAAAUUAUCUGAAUCAAUGCGUCGUUCAACAAUUGAUUCAUUAGUACAAGAAAAUCCAACUAAUUAUACAUAUUCAAAUUCUCAAAUACAAACAAAUGUUUUAAGAUGUGCACAUUGUUUUGCACCUAAAUCAAAUGAUUUAUAUACACGAUUUUGUACGGAAUAUGGUCUAUCUUGGCAAAAACUAACUCAUAAUCCACCGGAUAAUUAUUCAACAAGAAUUCUAUGUCCUCAUUGUAAAUCAACAAAUCCAAUACAUUUACGAACAUGUUAUAUUUGUGAAAAUGUAUUAAUGCCAACAUCAACACCACCAGAAAAACGAACUUCAAUUUCAAUUCCAACAAUAUCAAAACAAACAAAUACAAUGAUGAUAACAUGUUCAAAAUGUUUUCGUUUAAAUAAUCCUAAUGCUCGUUUUUGUGAUUGGUGUAGUUCAUAUCCUGAUCAUGCAUCUACAUCAAUACAAUGUACAAAAUGUCAUACUAAUAAUGAUUCAUUUGGAAAAUUUUUUUCAACAUGUGGAUGUGUUCUUGAACCACCAUUACGUAUUAUUGAUACACGUCUUUAA